CCAGUUCUUUUGUGUUUUCUUUCCCCCUACUGAUUUCUUCUCGAGCUUUUGCCCGCGUUUGUUUCCGGUUUCGAAUUCGGAUGACAGGAGCGUUUGUUAUUUGACUAUGAAUGUUCUGUUCUGUUCUCGCAAUCGUGAUGUUUAUCAUUUCGGUCUUUUUUUUCCCCUUCUUUCUCGAAUUUGAUUCUGAUUCUUAAUUGUUUCUUCGAUGGAAAUAUCUUCUUCUGUCGGUAAUUGCUUCCACUUUUUCUUCAAAUUGAAUUUGGUUCAACUGCGGAGGGAUUUUGAUUUCAACCUGGAAUCCUGAUAACCGUCUUUUUUAUGGUGUGGUAUCAGUGCAUUUUACGCCGUGUUUAUUGGUUGGAUAUUUUCAAUCAGCACUAUUAGUCUUUAACUAGUUUGGACCAUUUUCUAAUUCAUUUGGAUCUCGCUUUGCCUGAGAACACUGUUGAUUCUUUCUUGUGUUGGUAAAUUAUGUUUAGUCUUAUCUUUUAUUUUUUUUUUAAUAAAAGAAUUCUCAAUUAACUCCAACAGACGCCAAUUGUCUUCUGGAGUCAUUGAUCUUCGUCUAGCAAUGGUUCUCUGCUUAGAUCUCGAUGGUUCAUUUACUAAACAGACAGUGAAGACAUCGUUAACAUGCAUGCCUAUCUGAAUCAUUUGUAGUCAUUGAGCUUAUUUCUGAAUCAUUCCACUAAAUUUAUCCGGUAAAAUUAUGGUUUAGCUUUCGGGAGAUGAGUGGGGGAGUUUCUAACUGCCAUCCUUUAAACUUCUUCCCCUUCUGGUGUUUCUGUGUAGCUACUUUUUAUCCUGGUGUUGUUUGUCUCUCAUAAAUAGCAUUUACACAGCGUUUGGACGUGGUCUGUUUUGUUGCUAAAAAUGUGGGCUUAAAGAAAUGAAUUUCCAUUUUUGGAACCUUAUACUUUCAUCAUCAGUACCUGCAAAAAGUUGCGCAGUUACUUCCCUUAAUCUGUGCCCACUUCCCUUAUUUAAACUAGUUCAUUUGUGCUCUCGAUUAUCUGGAAUCUAUGAUGUAUUUUUCUUAAAAAAUUCUUUAGCAUGAAUACACCAUCGAUACAAUGUGUCAUAUAAAGUAUUAAGUACCACUUCAGAAAAAUCAGAACCAAGUAAUUCCUUUGGCAGCAGCCACUAUGUGAUGAUGCCAUUUGGACCUGGAAUGGACCGACGAAGUUGGCCCUGGAAGAAAAAAUCAUCUGAGAAGACAGCAGAGAAGGCUAAUGCUUCAGAGUCGGCUGGAAGUCAGGGUGAUCAGGAUGGUUGCAAAAAACCAAGUUAUGUACAAAUCUCUGUUGAGUCGUACUCUCAUCUUACCGGUUUGGAGGAUCAAGUAAAAACUCGCGACGAACAAAUCCAGGCACUGGAGGAUGAGAUUAAAGAGCUCAGCGAGAAACUGUCGGCUGCACACUCAGAGAUGACUACUAAGGACAACCUAGUGAAACAGCAUGCUAAAGUUGCUGAAGAAGCUGUCUCAGGUUGGGAGAAAGCUGAGGCAGAAGCUCUGGCAUUGAAAAAUCAUUUAGAGACAGUGACACUUUCCAAGCUCACUGCUGAAGAUCGGGCGUCACAUUUGGAUGGUGCUCUGAAGGAAUGCAUGAGGCAGAUAAGAAAUCUGAAAGAAGAACAUGAACAUACAUUGCAAGAAGUUAUUUUCACCAAGACUAAGCAGUGGGACAAAAUUAAACUUGAGUUGGAGUCAAAAAUGGAAGACUUGGAUCAAGAACUUCUUAGGUCUGCUGCUGAAAAUGCUGCACUUUCAAGGUCAUUACAAGAACGUUCCAACAUGCUGAUUCAAAUAAGUGAAGAAAAGUUACAAGCUGAGGCCGAGAUUGAGUUGCUGAAGGGCAACAUUGAAUCGUGCGAAAGAGAAAUAAAUUCACUUAAAUACGAAUUACAUAUAGUUUCCAAGGAGCUAGAAAUCCGUAAUGAAGAAAAGAAUAUGAGUAUGAGGUCUGCUGAAGCAGCCAACAAGCAGCACAUGGAGGGUGUUAAGAAAAUAACAAAACUAGAAGCAGAGUGUCAAAGAUUACGUGGUCUUGUGCGGAAGAAAUUGCCUGGUCCUGCUGCACUUGCUCAAAUGAAGCUAGAGGUUGAAAGUUUAGGCAGGGAAUAUGGGGACACCCGAGUGCGGAAGUCACCUAGUAGGCCUCCAACUCCACAUAUGUUAUCUGUGCCAGAUUUUUCCCUUGAUAAUGCACUGAAAUUCCAGAAGGAGAACGAGUUCCUCACAGAACGAAUGUUUGCCAUGGAGGAGGAAACAAAGAUGCUUAAAGAGGCUUUGGCAAAGCGUAAUAGUGAAUUGCAGACUUCUAGGAGUAUGUGUGCCAAGACAGCUAGUAAACUUCAAAACUUGGAGGCACAACUCCAAAAUAGCAAUCACCAAAGAAGCUCCCCAAAAUCUGUUGUUCAGUAUAAUGCCGAUGGCUUUUCAUGCCAAAACACAAGUCAUCCUCCCAGCGUGACCUCUAUGUCUGAAGAUGGAAAUGAGGAUGGACAGAGUUGUGCAGAUUCUCUAUCCACAGCGGCAAUCUCUGACAUUUCCCAAUUUAGGGAGAAGAGAAAUGAGAAAAUAAGUAAAACCGAAAGUGGAAGUCACUUGGAGCUCAUGGAUGACUUUCUAGAAAUGGAGAAAUUGGCAUGCCAAUCAAAUGAGUCAAACGAAGUCAUCCUUGCUUCAGAUAAUUCAAACAAUAAGGCGUCUGAAGUUGUACACCAGGAGUCCAAUGGUAUCCAGUCGGAACAGCAUCUGGAUUCAAGUCCAUCUACAGAUGUUGUAUCUUCUACUGUUGAUCCGUCAACGGAGAGUGCUGAUUCUGAUGGAUUGCCUUUGAUGAAACUCAGAUCAAGAAUAUCUAUGAUUUUUGAGUCAAUUUCAAAGGAUGCAGACACUGGAAAAAUUUUGGAGGAUAUCAAAUGCAUUGUGCAAGAUGCUCAUGAUGCACUUCAGCAACCCACUAUCAGUUAUUUGAGAUGUGUUUCUGAAGUGCAAUGCCCUGAUACGACAUGUGAUAGGCAAGCCAAUCCUGAUGAUGCCGGUUUAGGAGUAGAAAGACAAAUUGCUUUAUCCCAGCCUGCUGCACACAAUCAGCCUAUGAACAAAGAGCUGGAAGCUGCCAUCUCUCAAAUUCAUGAAUUUGUGCUGUUCCUUGGGAAAGAAGCUUCCAGAGUUCAUGAUACAGUAUCUCCAGAUGGGCAUGGACUGGGUCAAAAAAUUGAGGAAUUUUCUGCCACCUUUAGUAAAAUGGUGCAUGGGAACACAAGUUUGGUGGACUUUGUUAUUAUUCUUUCUCAUGUUUUAUCUGAAACCAGUGAGCUCAGAUUUAGUUUCAUUGGAUGCAAGGAUACUGAUGGCGAUACCAAUAGUCCUGAUUGUAUAGACAAGGUAGCUUUACCAGAGCACAAGGUUGUACAAGACGACUUACUGGACGAAAGAUAUACAAACGGUUGUUCUCAUAUUUCUAGUCCAACUUCCGAUCUCGAAGUUCCUUGUGAUGGAAAUCUAGUCUCCAGCUAUGAAUCAAAUUCCAGAUUACCCAAACUCUCAUCAGAGGACAUUGAAGAGCUAAAAUUAUCCAAGGAGAACCUGGCAAAGGACUUGGCAAGAUCUAGAGAGGAUCUUGAGGCAACAAAACGUAAACUGCAGGAAACAGAGCAGCUGUUAGCAGAAUGUAGAUCACAGUUGGUUUUUUCUCAAAAGUCAAACAGCUUGUCAGAAACGCAGCUGAAAUGUAUGGCAGAGUCAUACAGGUCGCUUGAAGCGCGUGCGGAGGAUUUGGAAACUGAAUUAAAUCUUUUGCGAUCUAAAUCUGAAGCUUUGGACAAUGAUCUUCAGGAUGAGAAGAGGAAUCAUCACGAAGCUUUGUUCAAGUGCCAGGAGCUGCAAGAGCAACUACAGAGGAAUGAGGUUUGCGCUAUUUGUUCUUCAGCAAUUGAUGGUCAUCCCCAGAAGAGCCAGGAGAUGGAGUUGAGUGCUGCUGCAGAGAAGUUGGCAGAAUGUCAAGAAACAAUUUUUCUUCUUGGCAAGCAGUUGAACUCUCUGCGACCCCAACCAGAUUUUGGUGGAUCUCCUUUUAGCGAGAGAAGUCAAAGAGGCGAAGAGUUUACCGAGAACGAACCAUCUAAAAGUGGCAUUAAUCUGCUGGACAUUGAUCGGUCCGAAAUGGAUACCGCCACUUCUGCAAUGACGCCCGUAGUCGGUGCAGAGUCCCCUUGUAGUGCUUCUGACGACGAUGGAGGAAGCUCCUUGAGAUCGCCUAUGAAUUUUAAACAUUCGAAACACACGCCAACCAAGUCAAGCUCCUCUUCCUCCUCAGCUCCCACUCCAGAGAAACAGACUCGAGGAUUUAGUAGAUUCUUCUCCGCGAAAGGAAAGAACAACAGCCAUUAGGGGCAUGCAAUUGUGUUGCAUGAUAAUGUAAUUCUGUUUAAAAUAUUUCAUUCAAUAAUAUAAAAUAGAUAAAAAAAAACUAAACAUAGACAUCUAAGAUCUUUAGAUGGGAGUCAGUUUUGGGAGCUCUAUGUCAUAAAAGUUAGCACAUAAAUGAUGCUUUCAAAUCUCUCUCCUGGCUGCUGUACCUAUGCUGUACAUUAUAUUCACAUCUGUUCAAUUUUUCUUCUUUUCA